GAUCGCUCGGCCAGCAAUCAUGCACGCGCUCCACGAAUGCUCACGCAAGCUCAAGCGAUGCCAUGCCUCCGACGAACAAACGCCUAUGCAUGGGACGAUUGCCCAACCCAUACUUACCCUGAUAUGACUCCAGCGACACCUCUAUCCCAUCUGCAUGCCCCGACCCCGACCACAUACUGUACAGCGUGCUUCUCUUCGUGCAUGUCACGAACAACCGCAAGAGGAUCCGCCAACAUGAGGGCUGAUAACCUUUCGACAUGGAGGAAUUCUAGUAAGCUUUUGACCCCUUGACCGGAGCAUUCUAUGGGGAAUGCGAUGAAUCCUUACUCCGUCGGGCCGUCGCUGGCAGAGCGGGGCGC